AUGGAAAAACAAAACAAAUCCAAUUCACAACAACAAUGGAGACCCGACCCAUUUCACUCCAACAACAACAUGAAACAACCCGAAACACCUCGUGACCCAAUGGAAUUCUUGUCUCGUUCAUGGAGUGCUUCCGCCAUGGAAGUCUCCAAAGCUCUCUCACCAGCCCAGCUCCCUCCUUCAAACAACAAACUCUCAAACGGUUCUUCAAAUGCUGCUAUACUCGAGGAUUUCGCCGGCGAAAUUGAUGAGUCUAAUGUUACUUUUUCCGGCAACCCUUUCUCUUUUGCUUCCUCGGAAACAUCUCAAAUGGUUUUAGACCGUAUCAUGUCACACUCACAAGAGGUAUCUCCGAGAACCUCGGGAAGAUUAUCACAUAGCAGUGGACCUUUGAAUGGAUCUCUAACGGAUAGUCCACCAGUUUCACCUUCUGAAAUGGAUGAUUUCAAGUAUAACCGUUCGAGCAACAACCACAACAACAACAACAGCAUAAUUGCUAGUUUGAAUAAUCAAUACAGAGUUUCCGGCACCGGUGGAGGUGGAGGUGGCGGCGGAAAGACGGUGGGGAGGUGGUUGAAGGAGAGGAAGGAGAAGAAAAAGGAAGAAACGAGGGCCCACAAUGCUCAACUUCAUGCGGCGGUUUCGGUUGCUGGUGUUGCGGCUGCUGUUGCCGCCAUCGCUGCCGCAACAGCUGCCUCGUCGGGAGCCAGGAAAGAUGAACAUAUGGCGAAGACAGACAUGGCGGUUGCGUCGGCGGCGACGUUGGUUGCGGCUCAGUGCGUCGAGGCUGCAGAAGCUAUGGGGGCUGAACGCGAUCAUCUUGCCUCGGUGGUUAGCUCCGCCGUGAACGUGAGGUCUGCCGGUGAUAUCAUGACGUUGACGGCAGCUGCGGCAACCGCUUUGCGUGGGGCGGCUACAUUGAAGGCAAGGGCCCUUAAAGAAGUUUGGAAUAUUGCAGCUGUAAUUCCUGUCGAAAAGAAUUUGUUAGGUAAUGGUAAUGGUAAUGGAAAUGGUAAUGGUGGCGGGGGUAGCGGAAGUAAUGGCAGCUCUAAUAGUAGCUUUAGUGGCGAACUUGCACCAGAAGAUAAUUUCUUAGGCAUUUGCAGUCGAGAAUUGCUAGCCCGAGGUUGCGAGCUUCUCAAACGCACACGCACAGGUGAACUCCAUUGGAAAAUUGUGUCAGUUUAUAUAAACAGAACAAACCAGGUUAUGCUCAAGAUGAAGAGUAGACAUGUUGCUGGGACCAUCACAAAAAAGAAAAAGAAUGUUGUAGUCGGAGUUAUCAAAGAUAUGCCAGCUUGGUCGGGCCGUCAUUUACUAGAAGGUGGUGAGAAUCGUCGUUACUUCGGUUUAAAAACGAUAAUGCGCGGCAUUGUUGAGUUUGAGUGCAGAAAUCAAAGAGAAUAUGAUGUGUGGACACAAGGUGUUUCAAGGCUUCUAUCAAUUUCUGCUGAAAGGAACAACAAAAACAGAACAUGUUAA